CCCGCCCACUUUGCCUUGCAUCUCUGGGAACAUCCUCAACGUCAACAGGGAGUUGCCGCAGCUGCUGAAAGAGUUUGGAGAAGUCACUGGUGACCAGAACUGGAAUCCAGCAGAUGCCAAAGCAGGGCAAAAGCGCAAGCAGCCCUCACCCCAGGGAACAGCCAAGGCCUCUCGGCUUUCUGACUCUGCCUUGCUGACCCAGGAAGAGCAGACCCAGCUGGGGUGACUCAAAGGUGACUUUGACUGGAAAGCCGUCUUCAACGCUGACCUGAACGGACACACCUCCGCUUUUGGGGAGCUGGAGCUCACGACUCCAACGAGCCCCAUAUUGCACGACGUGGACUUGGCAGCACGCGGGCACAUUGACUGUGCCCAGGGGCAGGAGCAGCUCCUCACUGAAGCCAGCCAGAACAACCUGGACUUUGACGAGACCCUCAUGGCCACUUCUUUCCUGCAGCAUUCCUGGGACGAAGGAACCAACGAUUACCUCUCCAACUCCGUCAACGUGUAGCAGUUGUGUGAACUCGACACCACCUCUUUGCCAGUGGACGUGAGUGACUGGAGCAGUCUGGCGUCCCUCUUGUAA